AUGGCAGCCGGCGACGCCGAAGCACGAGAAGCGACCCUUGCAAAAGCCAUCGAUAAAGAGAUUGAAGCCGAGUCCUUUGGCAAAGCUGCAAAGUACACACAGACCGGAGCUUUCCAAGGACUCGCUGCUGGUGCGGGUUUGGGCGUACAACCCGGAGUCACGAUCGGCAAGGUGACGGGAGCCAUUGUCGGCGGCACGGUUUCGACAGUCACUGGCUUGCUGGGCGCUGGUGUGGGUUCUGUGUAUGGUGCCAUGCACGGCAAGAUCUGGGACUUGGGAGAGAUGGCGAGUCAUGGUGUUCAAGGUGUUGUCGGUGACUUCCUGCCAGACUGGAAGUCGACGCCGGCGCAAAAGAAGGCUUUGGACAAGAUGGUCAUGCAGACAAAGGAGACCCAGGCACCCAGCAAAGAAGAGUUGGAACAGAUGAAAAACGACAUGCCUGAUCAAGCUCCUUCGUCUUGGUCGCAGUCGGCAAAGGAUAUGACGAGCUACUUGCCGGGCAUGCCUUCGAUGCCUUCGAUGCCCAACAUGCCCAACAUGCCCUCCAUGGCACAAGCAGGUUCUGCUGUAGGACUAGGAGGCUUAGGUGCAUCCUUGGGCAUGGGAGGCGGUAGUGGUGAUCAAGCCAAUACCAAGCAACAAAAAGCAGCUCCCCAACAACCCAAAAAGCGAAGCCAAUCCCAGCCAAAGCAAAGCGAGCAAGCACCAAAGCAACAAAAGACAUCAAACACACAACAACAGCAAGCCUCCAAACCGGCAGCACCAAAGCAAGCACCCAAGCCAAAAGAGGCACCCAAGCCCAAAGAAGCCCCAACAGCAAACACAACCUCACAAUCAAGCCAGGCAACAAAGCCGAACACCACAUCCACCAAACCAACCACAAGAUCAUCAUCGCAGAAGCAGGCUUCAACAACCGCAUCAAAUAACAAUACAACCCAGACAGCGAAACCAGCAGCAAAACCACAACAAGCCAAUACCAACAAACCGGCUGCUCCUCAACCCUCUACCACUACAUCCGCGCCCGAGAAAAAGAAACCGAGAAAACUAAAUACCGCAGCAAAGAGCAGUGGAGUUGCACAACAAUCCAAACCAGCACCACCAGCAACGGCGACCAAACGCGCACCAAAGAAAUUGGAAACCCGCAAACCUGCUGCUACUGCUGCGUAA